UGAGCAUAUUGCAAAGAAAGUUUGCGGCGCUGUGGCUGCCAGUAGUACAACAGUGUUAUAAAUACACGAACAUGAACACCCGCUGGUGACUGUUUUUACCGAUCUUAAUUCGUGAAUAUAGCCUCCACAGAGGCGGCAUGCUCGCUACUUUCAACUUCUGGUGGAUGGCCGCCUUCUUAAUCCCAUUCACUGCACUGGAGGUGGAAGCAGUCGUGACUGGUGAGAAGUGGUGUAACAGUUAUCUAUGUGUUACUGGUAAACAUGAUAGCUCACAAAAGCUUGAUCAAUACACUCUUGAGCCUCCUCAAGGGAAAAGCAUUACCAGGGAUGAUUUUGGAUGGAUAGCUAUUGGAUUCGGGUCGACCAUGGCUAACACGCCGAUGGUUAUUACUUGGCCCAAUUCUGAUGGAACCAUUACUCUUUCCCAACGAGAAGCAAGCAGCAAUGUGAUGCCAACUGUCGUCUUAUCACCAUCACGCAAGGCGACUCUAAAGUCUUCCCUGUCAUACUCUAAUUCUUCUUCCACUUCCAUCACGUUUACUGUCCCCUCGAAUUCUUCCAUUACCAACCAAACCUCUUUGAUUUGGGCAUACUCUAGGAAGAAUCCAGGCAACUCUGCUGUGAAUGCUAUGAUAAAGCAGCACACUGCAAGUGGGAAUACUAAAUUGAAUCUGCUUUCGACACUGAUGAACUCGACAAAUACGACCAUCAAUUCUGGAGCGGACUCCGAGUCGCCUUCUGACACUACCUCCCGCCAGGCGCUCAUUGCUCAUGUGGCGUGCGGGGCCGUAGCAACAAUGGCGCUUUUCCCUGCGGGAAUUCUGGUUCCCAGGAUAGCUAGAGGCCUGACAGAGAAGAGAUGGUGGUUCCCUGUGCAUGGCGCUGUCAAUGGAUUGCUAGGAUUUGGGUUAGUAGUUGCGGCAUUUGGGAUUGCAAAAGCCAACUUCUCGGGAGGAUACAAUUCUACCCAUAGAAAACUUGGUCUAGCACUUUUUGUCCUCUGUAUCUUUCAAACGCUUUUGGGACUGUUUACGCACUUUUACCAACGUGUUCAUCGCCUGCAAACAACCGCCGGUCGGGGCCCAACUAACUUCAUCCACAUGGUUCUUGGUUUGGUCAUUGUUGCUGUAGGAUGGAGUACGGUUUGGGAGGGGUUGGAUGCGGAGUGGGGUAUGUACUCUGGCACAGGUAAACCUGGUAUUGGAUGGAAAGCUGGAUGGGGACUCAUUGUUGCUCUUGCAUCCAUUGCAUAUCUAGGUGGACUCUAUCUUCUUCCUCGCCAAUCAUCAUUUGAACACCAGCGUCGAUUGUGGGCUUCUUCUCUUGGUCACCCUCCGCCCUCCGUUCAGAAGUCGAGUUCUACCAUUAGACAGUCCACUCGCACUAAUGGCGAAAGUAUGAACAUGGCUUAUCUUCUCAGUGAUAAUGGUUACGGAGACCUCCCAGACAACCGUCCGCCGCCUCCUCCGCCACCACGUCUUCUGCCACCCCCGCCCACUCAUUUAAUGAGGCUGCCUCCUCCUCCUAUACCUCCCAAUAGGCCUGCGGUGGCACAGUAUUAGAGUACAUGGUGUUGGUAGCAUUUUGGUUCUUUUUGAGGGUGAUUAUGCGAUUAUUUCAGUAUCUAGCUUCAUGGACGUCGCCUGUCAUCACAGUACGGAAACAGUCAUCUGAGGUAAACAGCCGUCAUAGAGUACAUAGUGCUGGCCAUGCAAAACUUGUCAUUGUAGGUUC